AUGUCCAAAAUACACGGAUAUUUCGAUCGCGCUUCUAAAGAAUGGAACAUUCGGGACUUUCUGGAGGAAUGUGAACUUGAACCGUUUGAACAGAAAAUCGAUUGUUACGUUAAGAGUCUUCAAGCAAUUGCUAAUAGUAAAAAUGACGACAGAAGCAAAACGGCACAACAGCUUCUCGAUAAUUUCAGGAAGAAGGCAAGUAUAAGGUUUUGGAGUUUUUACGGCGAUGGAAGCGAUCGUCAAGUUGCGAAAAGUUGGAAUAAUGAAAGAUCUCGCAAUAGGAUAUAUAUCCAACAACCAAUAAUUACCGGUGAAAAUAUCAACGGGUUUAUAAAUAUGAACAAGAAUGGGACUUUUGUUUCUGGAUCAUCUAUAUCCAAAAGAGAUCAUGAAGAGCCAGUUCAUCAAAAUUUAUUGCAAAGCCAUGACCCAAAGGGUUUACAAGAGAAUGAUGAUAAAAUUGCAUCGCUAAUAGAAUCAAUGAAAAAAAUAUCUAUAUCAGUUAAUGCAAAAGAGCUGGGCUUGGAAAUAGAUAAAAUCUCACCUCGAAUUAACGAUAUGAUAGUGAUAGAUCUUGCCAGACAAGUACUAUAUAAAGAAAUUCGAAUAUCUCUCCGUGAAUUACUGAAGAUAGUAAAACCCGAGGUUCGACAAGAUAUGAUAAAUUCGAUAGCAAACCCAGAUAUUACUAAAAAAUGCAAGAUACCAUGUGGAGGUAAAAGACGAUGUAAAGUUAAUAAGACUUUUUUAAAUGAUUCUUCGUCUUUAUCCUCAAUUGGGUCUAGUUCCGAAACUGAUUCUGGUUCUAAUAAUGAAAUGGCUACAUAUGUGAUAAGAACAAAGAAGAGCGAUUAG